GCAGUAUAAAUAGACACUCCUCAAACCACACUAGCCCCUUCCUAGCAGAAACCCUCCGCCGCCGCCGCCGCCGCCGCCGCCGUGCCGCUACUUCUCAGCUGGUAGUUCCUUCCACGAUCCAGGAUGAAGUUUGUUGCUGCCUAUCUGCUGGCUGUCCUCGCUGGCAACAAUGACCCCUCUGUGGAGGAUCUAAAAACAAUUCUGGAGUCAGUUGGUGCUGAGACUGACAGUGAGAAGAUGGAACACCUGCUGUCCCAAGUGAGUGGCAAGGACAUCACUGAGCUCAUUGCUGCCGGUAGGGAGAAGUUUGCUUCUGUCCCAUGCGGUGGUGGUGGUGUUGCUGUUGCAGCAGCUGCCCCUGCUGCUGCUGGUGGUGCUGCUCCUGCAGCUGAGAAGAAGGAAGAGAAGGUGGAAGAGAAGGAAGAGAGUGAUGAUGACAUGGGCUUCAGCCUGUUCGACUAAGUGGUGUGACAUUGUUAUCAUCAGGGCAGAGGAAACCAGUCAUGAUGUCAGAAUGUUAAUGUUAACCUUGUAGGAGACUGAUACUUAGUGUCAGUGUUGGAUGUUAUGCUGGUUGGUUUGCAGCUGAACCAAAGUUUUGCUACCCUAUCUCAAUGUUUUAUUAUGAAUUGAGUACCUUGCCUAAGCAAUGAGCAAUGUUUCGUCGUUAUUCCUGUUUUCCUAUCAGUCUCAAUUCAUUCAGUUCUUCCUGAUUGAGAUGGACUAACUUGACUCGUUAAUUUGUUGAAGUUUUAAUAUAAAUUGUUGUGAUUGC